AUGGAGAAGUAUGAGACCCUCCUCAGCAUUGGCCAAGGAGCCAGCGCAGAGGUCUUCCUGGUGAGGGACUCCCAAACCAAGGAGCUCUUUGCAGUGAAGAAGGUCAAGACUGUCCCGGGCAAGCGGUUGCGAGACAAGGAAGCCAUCCUGCGGGAGGUGGCCAUCCUGCGCCAGCUGCGGCACCCGCACGUGGUGGCCUGUCACGACCACUUCUUAGACCCGGGAGGCGCCCACGUCUUCAUUGUCCAGGAGUACUGCGACGGGGGGUCCCUGGAUGAACACAUCCGGAGCCAGACCACUGAAGGCAGCAAAGGCGGCGGAGUGGUCCACUUCCCGGAGAGCACGGUCAUGCGCUGGUUCGUUCAGCUUGCCAUGGCCGUCCAGUACAUCCACGCCCGGAAGAUCCUCCACAGGGACAUCAAGUCCUCCAAUGUCUUCCUCACCAGAGACCGCAUCCUGAAGCUGGGCGACUUUGGCAUCUCUAAGGUAAUGGAUGAGACAGCAGAGAUGGCCAGCACCUUCGUGGGGACACCCUACUAUCUGAGCCCCGAGCUCUGUGAAGACGUCCCGUACAGCUCAAAGGCUGACGUCUGGGCCCUGGGCUGCGUCCUCUUCGAGACCUGUGCCCUCCGGCCACCCUUCCAGGCCCUCAGCCUCAUCGGCCUUUUCGACAAGAUCGUUCGCGGACGCCAUGCCCCCGUGCCCUCCUGUUAUUCGGCCCCUUUGCAUGGUCUGAUCGCCGCCAUCCUUCAGAAGGACCCCAACAAGCGGCCUUGCACCAACACCAUCCUGACCUUCCCUUACGUCCAGGAGCACCUCAGCCUCUUCCUUCUCCAGCGUGGAACAGAGCCAGGGGUCUUUAAUGAGGUGCUUCCUCGGCCUCAUGGCCCAAAGCCACGUGUUGACUGCCAAGUCCUGGCUCUGAGAUCGGGGCCCCUGCAUCCCCACCUCCUUCAGGGGAGCCACAAUCAGGAGGACACCUCCAGCAUCUCCAGCAGCGGAUCCCAUUACUCAGCCGACUUCGAAGACACAGGCACUUCCUUCAGCAGCCACAGCUCCGAAGACAUCGCCUUCAACACAGCUACUGCCGCUGAGGCCCUGACUGAGACUGGUACAAGGGGGGUGGGUGGGUAUAUGUCUUUGAGGGAAUUGGGGGUCUUCAUGCCUCUAUGA